GGCGUUAUUGAGUUUCUAAUAGCAGACAAAGAGAGACAUAUGAGUGCUCCAAACCACUAACAUAACUUGGUAUUAUUAUUAUUAUUAUUAUUAUUAUAAGCAUAGUGUGCGCGCACAGCCUUGGACGUCUCACCUCGGAUAUUCCUCUCAAGCAGCCCUGAGAGCGCAAUGUUGUCCACAGCCCUGGCAGCAUGCUUUGCUGUGCUAAUUUACCUCUACCAUGUUAAUCGUGCAAUAAACGCUGUUCCUGAGGAAGCUCACCGUUUAAGUUCUCCCCGCUGGACAGUCGAAGAGAUCAAAGCGGCUUAUGAAAAGGCUAUAGCCUCACCCACCGACGUAGUCAAAAGCCUCCCCCCGAGGCAGCAUAGACGCUACAUUGUUGUUGGCGGAUCAGGACUCGUUGGAAACUGGAUCGUGUCACACCUUCUCAUGCGUGGAGAAGACCCGGCUGCUAUUCGUAUCUUAGACAUUCAGACUCCGUCGCGUGAAGUUCUCGACCAAGGUAUCGCCUAUAUCAAGACAAACAUCGCCAACGAGGAGGCUGUCUGGAGCGCCUUUGCACAGCCAUGGGCCCAGUCAGUCGCUGAUCUGCCAUUGACCGUGUUCCACAAUGCUGCAGUGAUCAGGCAUGGAGACCGACUCAAGGCUUUCCUGCCUUUAUCCCGCGACGUGAAUGUUGGCGGUACUGUUAAUGUGCUGAUUGCCGCUAAGAAGUCCGGAGCAACCUGCGUAAUCGCAACCUCGUCUGGUUCAGUCUGUGUCCGUCGAUUCCCGCUCUGGAUCGCACCUUGGACGAGGUUGCCCAAGUAUCUAGUGCAGGUCAUCAAUGACUCGAGCGAAGUACCCAAGGAGCACGACCAUUUUUUCGGAAACUACGCCGUUGCGAAAGCUGAAGCAGAGAGUAUCGUAUGUUCGGCCGACGACCCUAAAUCCAACUUACGGACGGGCUGCAUUCGACCCAUCAAUGGUAUCUACGGUAUCGGAAACACGGACAAGAGCGUUAACGGAGCUUAUUUAAUGAGGCAUGGUGGCCCAUGCUGGACCUACAACGUCGUCCAAAGCUUUGUCAAUGCCGAAAACGUCUCCAUCGCCCAUCUACUCUAUGAACAACGCCUCAUUGAACAUACAAACAGCCCAGAUACUCUUCCAAACAUCGGUGGACAAGCCUUCGUAGUGACUGACCCCAACCCGCCAAUGGUCUCUCAAGACGUCUUCCUUCUGCUUAAGACUCUCGCUAAAACGCCCAUCGACUUUCCUUUCGUUCCCGCCAUCCCAUUGGUUCUUCUCUCCUACCUAGUUGAGUGGUACUCCCUUCUGCAGCACCAGUACCUCCCCUGGCUCCCGAAGCUCAAGGGCGAUCUAGCCCAAUUGCAACCGGGUCUCUUCACUAUCGCAAGUGCCCAUAUUAUUGGAGACGACUCGCGCGCGCGCAAGUCGCCUGAGCAGGGUGGUCUGGGCUAUUCUCCGCCUCUCACUACGCUAGAGGGGAUGUGCAAAGAAGUCAAGGCAUGGAAUGAGACUCAAGGUGCUAAAACCGCAAGUCUCUGAGCGACGAUGCGUAUUAUAUGCCAGUCUUUAAAGAUGAAAGGAGAGGGAGAGCUCUGUGACACAUGGGUAUGUAAG